AUGCUGCGGUCCGACCAAGAGCUGGGAUCACCCGCCUACUGGAAGCGGGUGCCAUGUGCCAUACUGGGACUUGAACACCGAGACAUUGAGCAACGCACCACUAAGCUCACAGUAACAUAUCUUUUGCCACCUCUAGCCAAUGGGAGAGUCACAGGGGGAUAG